AUGGUCGUGAAUAAUCCUAACAACUGGCAUUGGGUCGAUAAGAACUGUAUUGACUGGACAAGAAAUUAUUUCAAUGAAAAACUUUUACAAUUAACCGUUGAGGAUGGAAAGCAACUGGUUGGAAUUAAAUCUAUUUCAUCGGUUGAAGGUGACGUUGAAGUAUGUCAACGUAAGGGGAAAGUGAUUUCAUUAUUUGACUUGAAAUUGACGCUUGAGAUUGGAGGAGUUGCUGGAGAAUCCGAGAGUCCUUUCAAAGGUUCUAUUGUUAUUCCUGAAUUGGCUUACGAUACCACUGAAGAUGAAUUACAAUUUGAUGUCAGUAUUUACAAUGAAGACAAGGAAAAUGAAGGUAUGAGAUCUGUAGUCAAGUCCAAAUUGAUCCCACAAUUGCGUCAAGCCUUGGGACGUUUUGGUAAGGAUUUAAUUUCCACUCAUAGUGAAGAUAUUCAAUUAUCUGAAGAUAAGGUCAAUUCUGCCUUUACCAAGGAAAAUCAACAAAAAAGUGGGUCAACUGCUGCUCCAGCUAAGACUACACCAGCUCCAACUAAGGCUGCUCCAGCUGUUGUAAAGACUGCCCCAACUCCUGCAAAGGCUACUUCUACUGAAAGUUCCAACUCUUCCAUUCCAAAGUAUAACACUGCUACUCUUCAUUUGGAGCCAACUUUCAACACCACUGCUGAGCAAUUGUACAUCACUUUGCUUGACCCUGCGCGUCUUGCCGCAUGGACCCGUUCACCACCACAAAUCGAUGCGUUCCCUCCAGCUGAAGGUUCAUCUUUCAAGCUCUUUGGUGGCUCGAUCUCUGGUAAACUUACCAAGUUGGUCACCAACGAACGUAUCACCCAACUCUGGAGAUUGGAUGACUGGAAGUCUGGUCACUACGCGCAAUUGGAUAUCCAGUUGGUUCAAGGGGCCGGUGAAACCAAGAUGGUUGUAAAAUGGUCAGGAAUCCCAAUUGGUGAAGAAGAUCGUGUUCGUGGUAACUUUGAGAAUUACUACAUUAGAUCCAUCAAGAUUACUUUUGGAUUUGGUGCUGUAUUGUAG